AUGUCCUCUCAGGGUAUCAGCCUGGCCACACCACCAAAAUGCACAGCAGAUUUCUGUCUCAUUCCUCUCGGCACUCCGACCGCUUCGGUUUCAGCACAGAUCGCCGAGGUCCAGCGACUACUGAAGAAAAGUGGCCUCAAGUACAGUAUGCACUCGGCGGGGACUACUGUUGAGGGAUCGUGGGACGAUGUCAUGCGGCUGAUCGGCCAAGCGCACUCGCUUCUCCACGAGAAAGGCGUUGUGCGGAUUCAGAGCGAUAUCCGUGUAGGCUCGCGGACAGAUAAGCCACAGACGAUGCAAGACAAGGUCACGGCGGUGGAGAAGCUGCUGGCUGCCGACAAUGAGUAA